AGACUCCUCCGUCCUGGUUUCCGGUCAACCUAACGCCGCACGUGGAGCCUUCUAUGCUUGUUGGAGUUUCCCGCCUCCCGAUUUCUCUCCUGGUUUGCCGCGAAGAGGGCGACGCCAACCUUCCAUCUUGCCCCGGAGAAGACAGAUUAUUCAUCUAGAAAGUCCGGAAUGAAGGGUUUGGAUAUGAUGCUCAAUGGAUCUUGUCUUGCUUCUGGAGUUUCUUAUAGGCCGUGCAUGUCUGGAAAUGCCCAGCCUUAUAAUUCACCAUCCUUGUGCAUUGCAUCCCCACUUUCCAGAGUUGCAAUAUCUUCCAUUAGAGGUCCUUUGAAAUCCUGUUCCUACAGAGGAGUUUCUUCUGCGUCAUCACUCCCCUUGCAUCUGAGGAACAAAGCUUAUUCACGCGCAGAGCUGAAACUACCAAGGGAACCUCAUUUUCCCCUCUCGUCUAUAAAAGCAUUCAAUGACGUAACCUAUGAUGAUGCGCUUUCAUUGUAUUCUAGCAAACUUACCUUCUUAUGUGCUACUCUGAGAUCACCAAGGCGAAUCAUUCCAUCUUCGUCCCUUGGUGGAGAAAUCCAAUUUCCUUUCCAACCCUUACAAUAACUUCCUUAGAAGGCUGCCCACCUGGCUUAUGAUGGCAUAUACCUUCACAGCUUGUUUUUAUGUAGUGAAGAAAAAGGAAUGGCCACACUUUUUCAGAUUCCAUGUCAUAAUGGCGAUACUGUUGGAGAAUUGG